AUGGCAGUAAUUUGUUGGAGAAUAUGGAUUGCAAGAAAUGAUAAGUGUUUUAACAAUUUCGAGUGGACAGUCUCAGAAGUGAAUUCCAGAGCAUUGGCACAAUUACAUGAAUUUUCAUCUGCUCAUGUGUUGAAUAAUCAAUCUUCGGCUAUAGUUAAUGGUUCAACUCGGCAGGUUCAGCGGUGGAGGCCUCCACCGCCGGGAAUGAUCAAAAUAAAUUUUGAUACGGCCUUAAGUAUUAGUAACCGUAUUGCAGCUGUUGGAAUAGUAUCUCCUGAAAUUGCGGAGGCACUGGGGAUGCGGCAUGCCAUUAUGAUUGUUUCUCAACUUGGUCUAAGGAAUAUUAUUAUUGAAGGUGAUUGUUUAAAUGUGAUCUCUGCAGCUCAAGGCAAAAAGGAUAUUCCGUCAACAAUAAAAGUCAUAAUCUUUGAUACCGUUCGCUUAUCAUCGUCGUUUAUAUCUUGCGACUUUGCAUAUGUUAAGCGAAUGUGUAAUUGGAUGGUCUAUGAAGUGGCUAAAAAGUUCUUAAAGCCUCCUUUUUAG